CCAUUAAAAGAGGAAAUAAAGUUUGUAUAAAUAGUUUAGAAAUAUUAUUUUUAUAAUUAAGAGCUUAUAUAAUAUUGUGAUUUUGAAAAAUGGACAAGAAUGGUGCAACUUUGCAGUUUUACCAUUUCUUGUCCAUUUUCAUUAUCAUCAAUCUAAGCUUUUCUUACUGCAAAGCCAUUGAAGAUCAUAAAGAGGUGUAUGUUGUGAACUUGGGAGAACAUAGUAAUAACAACAUUAAUGGAGUAGCAAAGACAUUGAGUGAGAUUGAGGAGAAUCACCAUUCAUAUUUGUUAUCUGUGAAAGAGACUGAAGAAGAUGCCAAAGCUUCUCUUCUUUACAGCUACAAACAUUCCUUUAAUGGCUUCGCGGCUCUACUCACUCCACAACAAGCCUCUAAGCUAUCAGAAAUGGAAGAAGUGGUGUGGAUUUCGAAGAGUGAGCCAGACAAGUACACAAUGCAUACAACAAGGUCAUGGGAGUUUUCAGGAUUAGAAGAAAAUGAAAGAAUUGUUAACUCUAACAAUCAUUUCGGUCAUAUGCCUGCCGAUUUGUUAUCGAAAGCUCGUUAUGGCGAACAAGUCAUCGUUGGUCUCUUAGACAGCGGUGUGUGGCCAGAAUCAGAGAGCUUUAGUGACAAAGGAAUGGGACCAAUUCCAAAAUCAUGGAAGGGAAUCUGUCAAACUGGACCUGAUUUCAAUUCAUCUCAUUGCAAUAGAAAGUUAAUUGGAGCAAGAUAUUACCUCAAAGGUUUCGAGCAAUAUUAUGGCCGUCUUAACACAUCAGAAGACUACCGUUCGCCUCGUGACAAAGAUGGUCACGGUACUCACACUGCUUCCACCGUGGCAGGCCGAACUGUACACGGUGCCUCUGCUCUCGGUGGCUUUGCCAAUGGCACAGCCUCUGGGGGUGCACCAUUAGCUCGGUUAGCCAUCUACAAGGUAUGUUGGGCGAUACCCGGGAAACAAAAGGCUGUAGGCAACACAUGUUUUAUGGAAGACAUGCUUGCAGCUAUGGACGACGCCAUUGCAGAUGGCGUCCACUUGAUGAGUAUCUCAAUAGGGACGACGAAACCUGUUAACUAUAGCGAUGAUGGCAUUGCUAUUGGAGCAUUGCAUGCUGCCAAGAAAAACAUUACUGUGGUUUGUAGUGCUGGGAAUAGUGGCCCUGGACCGGGCACUCUGUCUAACCCUGCGCCGUGGAUACUCACUGUUGGGGCGAGCAGUGUUGAUAGGGAGUUUCGCGCGCCUGUUGUGCUUGGAAAUGGACAGAGAAUUAUGGGAGAAACUGUUACACCAAGUAAGUUGAGAAGGAAGUUGUACCCUUUGGCAUAUGCUGCAGAUUUGGCCAAACCGGGUGUCUCAAGAACAAAUGCAUCACUUUGUCUUGAGAACUCUCUUUCCCCUGAAAAGGCUAAAGGAAAGAUCAUAUUAUGCAAUAGAGGAAACAACUCAAGAGUUGGAAAAGGCAAAGUAGUGAAGCAAGCCGGUGGAGUUGGUUACAUAUUGGGAAAUGAUAAGGCGAGUGGAGGCGAGGUACCUUGCGAUGCUCACUUCCUUCCGGCGACAGCAUUGACUUACAACAAUGCCAUGAAAGUUCUCAAGUACAUCAUGUCAACAAAGAAUCCAAGAGCAUAUAUCAUGCCAGCAAGGACUGUGUUACAUACCAAACCAGCACCUUCUGUUGCCGGCUUCUCUAGCAGGGGUCCAAAUGUUAUAGAGCCGAAUAUUCUCAAGCCGGACAUAACAGCUCCGGGAUUGAAUAUCUUGGCAGCAUGGAGUGGUGGAGAUUCUCCUUCUAAAUUUUCGAGCGAUAUAGAUCCCCGAAUCGUCAAGUAUAACAUACUUUCGGGAACUUCAAUGUCUUGCCCUCAUGUUGCAGCAGCUGUAGCACUUCUUAAGGCCAUUCAUCCAACUUGGAGCAGUGCAGCCAUAAGAUCUGCUCUCAUGACCACAGCUGGCCUGACGAACAACAUGGGCGAAGGGUUAAGCGACGAGACUGGAGGUUUAGCAAACUCCUUCUCCUAUGGCGCUGGUUAUUUCCGUCCAGCCAAGGCAGCAGAUCCCGGCCUUGUCUACGAUGCUUCUUACGUAGACUAUCUUCUCCACUUCUGCAAUUCUGGACUCCAAGGUGCUGACAAAUCAUUCAAGUGCCCACCAAACGCGCCCUCAGCAAUGGAACUCAACUAUCCUUCCUUGUCUAUCUCUAAACUUGUUAAAACAAUCACUGUCAAAAGAACUGUCACCAAUGUGGGCAAUGCCAAGAGUGUUUACUUCUUCGAAUCGAAACCUCCAUUGGGUAUCUCGGUUGAAGCUUCCCCGAGUCUCUUGUCCUUUACUCACGUCGGUCAGAAGAAGAGCUUCACAUUGACAGUUAAAGCAAGGAGUGAGUUACUUGAAAACAAAAACAGCACUAAAGAGUACAGUUUCGGGUGGUAUUCUUGGCUCGACGGAAACCAUGUCGUUCGAAGUCCAAUUGCAGUCUCUUUAGCUUAGUUGCUUUCUCUCUUUCAAGUUUCCUCAACUUAGUUAGAUUAUAGGGACAUAGUGAAACAAUACCAAACUAAAUUUCCCUGUACAAAUUGUCAGGGGAUAUUGAUUAUCAUCCUUGCCAUUAUACUGGACAAAAAACACAAUAAGUUAGUCUACCAAAUAUAAGUUUAUCAGAAAAGCAUUGAUCAGCAGCAAAGCACUUUUAAGAUUUAGUAUAAGGAAUGAAAAUAAAGUAAUCUUAUUGAUCACAAUGGAAAAAA